AUGAAUCCGAAGCGAACAUUUAGCAUUUCAGCAUUAAUUUCUACUUCGCUCAUGGCAAUCAUUUUUCAGCUGAUGGAUAUGCUUUCGUACGGCAGAGCUAUGUUUAAGAAUGAUGAUCCAGAAAAGAACGUUAUUGUGCAGAACAUUGGCAUGUUAUGUUACAUCUAUUCCACCAUAUGGUCGCAGCUGCUCUUCAAUUACUUCAGCAAAAUCGAUGCAGCUAUCAUUAGCAGUGUCAUCGCAGAAAGCCUUUCGUUCAUGAAGGAUAACAUCGGAAAGGUGGUAUGUGAGCACACCACUGAUUUGAAUGGAUAUAUAACCAAUUUCCUUAUGAUAUUGGUGAUUUCUUCCGUUGGAUUUGGACUGGUAAGCCUGUUGUUAAAAUAUGCAAGGGCAGGGCACUUAAUAUCCUUGAUUCCUAAGGCGGUUAUAAAUGGCUGUCUUGGCGCUAUUGGUCUCUCUCAGUUUCCCGUUGGAUGGUCAGCUUUAGUUCCCGAGGGCUACGAAAACAAAUACUGGUUGUUGUGCACCAUUGCCAUAGUUGUUGCGGUUGUUCUGUUUUUCUUGCAAUUUAAGCUGUCAGGCGCUGACUUUCUCAUACCAUUGUACACCGUGGUCAUCAUUACGUUGUUUUAUGGUGUUACUUUCAUUUUCGUGCGUGGUGGUGAUAAGAUGCAAUAUUUGCGCGAUAAUAAUUGGUUGCCGGUAAAGGAGAACAGGAUUUUGUAUCCAAACUAUGUUUUAAGCCGAAUAGAACUGUCUACGUUGAGCUGGCGGGCACUGUUGUACAACUUCUCAAACAUUCUGACAGUAAUAUUUUUUAAUUCCGUGCACAUAGCGGUUAAUUUACCAGCAUACAAAAUGGCCACGGGUGUGAACUUUGAUUUUUCAGACGAGUUGGGAACACAGGGUUUCUCCAAUUUGCUCACAUUCAUUCCGUGUUACUUUGUGACCUGCUAUUCAAUCGCUUUCCACAAGGCCGGAGGAACAAUGAAGAUAUACGGAUACAUUUCGGCACUUGCAAUGAUAUCGGUUGCAGUAUUUGGUCUUAUGAUCAAGGGAUACAUUCCAAAUUUCAUUUUGAGCAUGUUACCAUUUGUUAUGGGAGCCGGGUUCAUAUACAGCUCCUUCUACGAGCCGAUUUUCACGGCGUCCAUAUAUGAAUACACUAUUUCUGUUGUUGUGUGUCUUAUUUGCUGGUUCACAGAUCAGUACAUCCUUGGUGUGCUGAUUGGAAUGGCAAUUUGUGUAGCAUAUUACAUUAUUGCAAGCCGAAGAAAGAUUGCACAUUAUGAUGCAUUGAAUGUGGUAGAAUCGGACAACAUUAAGAUAAUUGUGGUGGACUAUGUACUGUGUUUUUGGACCGUUAAACGAUUUGUCGUACCAGGAUACACAGAUAUUUUGAUAUUAGAUUUUUCACGAUGCCAGGGUGUGGAUUGGUUGAGCACAGAUUUAAUAGUAAAUUGUUGUGAGAAGGCCAGAAAAGUGUAUUUUAUUGGUAAACCUGUUAACCUGCGGGUUAAGCGAUUGAAGGAUGUUAGCAAUUUGGUGCUGGUCAAGAACUAUUCAUGUUUGUACUCGUUGAUGAAUGAAGAUGUGUGAAGCAUUUUUAUGCCACUAAUGAUUUUAUUGCUAGAUUGACUGCUUUAUACAUUUUGUCUAAUUUUGAUAUUUCAUGAUAUGAAUGUUAAAAUUACUAUUUCUGCA